AUGGUUGGCGGUCUCGCGCUCAAGGAGUUGAACGCCUUGGAGAAGACCUACCUGCAGCUCCUGGACUACAAGCUCUUUGUAGACCCGCAGAAUCCGGGCAGGCAUCAUUCUGCAGGCCACGCAGAUGGCAGCAGGGGAAAAAGGUACCCGUGCCACUGA